AUGUUGGAGCCUCCAGCAUCAGACGCCUUCACCACGCCUCCACUCACGAGGAAGAGGAAGGCGGCCGAGGCGACGCUUGUACAUAACGAAACAACAGCCGCCACCGAGGCUUCCGUCGCCCUCUCGCCCGCCGCCACCGGAACGCCCGCCUCGGGCAACUCCACCCGCAAGAAACUCAGGUCCGCAGAGCAGGAUCCCGGCACAGAUUCCACGUCAGGGAUCUCAGGGAGCUUCUCGGUUCCUGCGCGAACGAAGUCCACGGAUCUCAACACCCCGGUGUCCACCACCAUGGAGUCGGACGAGGAUUUCAUGAGCAUCGGCUCAAGCCCGGAUGACUUUCUGGAUACCCAAGGAAGUGAUGUUGAGAGUUUAGAUGACUUCGGAGACGAUUUCGAUGGCGGAUUCUCCAAAGACAAAGAUAUUAUCGCGACGAAACGGAAGCCCUACGAAGUCGAGUCCAGUGUUUUGAGCCCGGAGGAUAUCCGCCAACAACAGAAUGUACAGAUCAACGAGGUCUCGUCUAUUCUCAAACUGCCACCAGAGUCGUCGGCCAUCCUGUUGCGAUAUGGACGGUGGAACCGCGAGAAGUUGAUUGACUCAUACAUGGAUCACCCCGAGACGACCCUAGAGGAAGCGGGUCUGGGAGCCAAUACCCAAGUGAAUCCAAGGACCGAAAAAAUACCAGGAUUCGUGUGCGACAUUUGCUGUGAAGACGGGGACGACUUGGAGACGUACGCCAUGCGUUGUGGACAUCGUUUCUGCGUGGACUGCUAUCGACAUUACCUCCGGCAGAAGAUACGGGAGGAGGGAGAAGCCGCUCGGAUAGAAUGUCCGGGCGACACAUGUAAUAUUAUCGUGGACUCGAAAUCGUUAGGGCUGCUUGUGACGGAUGAUCUCAAGGAUAGAUAUAAUGCCCUUCUCAUGCGGACGUACGUCGAUGACAGGGACAACAUCAAAUGGUGUCCGGCCCCGAAUUGCGAGUACGCGGUCGAGUGUCCCGUGAAGCAGCGUGACCUCCGUCGCAUUGUGCCGACAGUGCAAUGCGACUGCAAGCACUAUUUCUGCUUUGGAUGUACGCUGAGUGACCACCAGCCGGCGCCUUGUGUGUUGGUGAAAAUGUGGCUGCAGAAGUGCGAGGACGACUCCGAGACGGCGAACUGGAUCUCGGCCAAUACCAAGGAGUGCCCCAGGUGCCACUCUACGAUCGAGAAGAACGGUGGAUGUAACCACAUGACGUGCCGCAAGUGCAAGCACGAGUUCUGCUGGAUGUGCAUGGGACUGUGGUCCGAACACGGCACCAGCUGGUAUAAUUGCAAUCGCUACGAAGAGAAAUCCGGUUCCGAGGCCCGGACCGAGCAGGCGAAAUCCCGGGCGUCGUUGGAGCGGUAUCUCCACUACUAUAACCGAUACGCCAACCACGAGCAAUCGGCCAAGCUCGACAAAGACCUAUACCUGAAGACCGAGAAGAAGAUGACCAGCCUGCAGUCCCAAUCCGGGCUUUCCUGGAUAGAAGUGCAGUUCCUCGACACGGCGUCCCAAGCGCUGCAGCAGUGUCGGCAGACGCUGAAGUGGACGUAUGCCUUUGCUUAUUACCUUGCACGCAACAAUCUCACGGAGAUUUUCGAGGACAACCAGAAGGAUCUGGAGAUGGCGGUGGAGAGUCUGAGUGAGAUGUUCGAGAAGCCCGUGCCGGAGCUAGCAAACUUGAAGGUCGACAUCCUGGACAAGACGGCCUACUGCAACAAACGACGGGUGAUCCUGUUGAGCGACACCGCAGAAAACCUGAAAAACGGGGAAUGGACCUUCAACGUGGAUUGGUAG